AUGGAAAUAGCCCAUGAUGUCAAUGUGAAGUUACUGUUUUUCGCACAAUCUAAAGAGUUAGCUGGUACCAAGGAGUCUACAAUACGUCUUCCCAACAAGAUUAGCUACAGCAAACUACUGAAUAUAAUAGUAGAGAGUUACAAUUUACAAGCUAUUAAAAACAAUAUAUUGUUGGCGAAGAACGAAGAAGUUUGUGACGAAGAUAUUGAUAUAGAAAUCAGGGAACGUGACAGUAUUGCGGUUAUCCCACCAAUCAGUGGUGGCUAA